AUGAUUUUAGACAGUCUAGGCCUUUGGCCCAAACUAAGUAUGCUGUCUCUUUCGCUGCUGCCAAGGAAGAGGAGACUUGGUUUCACGGUGAACAUCUUGAGCCGAUGCAGGAUCUUCUUACCCAGAAGAAGUCAUACGACUUCUCUCUCCCGAAAUCUCUACGCAUGCGCCAGUUACGGGCAGGAGGAGUUAUCACAAGGACGAUAUAACAAUGACUUCUCGAAAUGUAACGCGGUUCAAGCUUCGGACUUUAUUGAAACCUUGCAGCUUUGUACUCGCAACGGAGAUGUUUUGGAAGCAAAGGCUUGCCACGGGAAGAUUAUUCGUCUUGAGUUGCAGAGAGAUGUUACUCUAUCGAAUGUUCUUAUCAAUUCUUAUUCCAAGUGUGGGUUUGUGGAGCUUGCCCGCCAAGUGUUCGACGGGAUGCUUGAAAGAAGCUUAGUUACUUGGAACACCACGAUUUGUUUGUAUACCCGGAACAGAAUGGAGUCAGAAGCACUUGAUGUUUUUUUGGAGAUGCGAAACGAAGGGGUUAAGUUUAGCGAAUUCACUAUCUCGAGUGUUCUUUCUGCUUGUGGGGCAGACUGCAAUGCCUCGGAAUGCCAAAAAAUGCAUUGUUUGUCACUCAAAGCCUGUCUCGACUUAAACACGUAUGUUGGUACUGCCCUGCUUGAUCUUUAUGCAAAGUGCGGGAUGAUGAAGGACGCAGUGCAGGUUUUCGAGUCUAUGCAGGACAAAAGCUCAGUUACAUGGAGUUCUAUGGUAGCAGGUUAUGUUAAGAACAAGGAUUACGAAGAGGCACUAGUUCUUUACCGCAAGGCUCAGAGAUUGAGUCUGGAGCAGAAUCAGUUCACUCUAUCUUCAGUAAUUUGCGCUUGCUCAAAUCUGGCAGCCUUAAUUGAAGGGCAACAGAUGCAUGCGGUUAUACGCAAGUCCGGGUUUGGUUCUAAUAUCUUUGUGGCAUCCUCUGCUGUCGAUAUGUAUGCGAAAUGCGGAAGCUUGAGAGAGUCUUACAUUAUCUUCUCAGAAGUGCAAGAGAAGAAUAUUGAGCUUUGGAACACAAUCAUCUCGGGGUUUGCAAAGCAUGCUCGCCCUAAGGAAGUAAUGAUCUUGUUUGAGAAAAUGCAGCAAGAUGGAAUGCGCCCAAAUGAGGUUACUUUUAGUUCUUUGCUAUCGGUUUGUGGUCACACGGGCUUGGUCGAGGAAGGAAGGAGGCUUUUCAAACUCAUGAGAAGCAAGUACGGUCUGUCGCCAAAUGUGGUUCAUUACUCUUGUAUGGUUGAUAUUCUUGGUCGUGCUGGACUAGUGUCUGAAGCUUAUGAGUUGAUAAAGUCUAUUCCUUUUGAUCCUACUGCUUCCAUUUGGGGUUCUCUUCUUGCGUCUUGUCGAGUCUACAAAAAUCUCGAGCUGGCAGAGGUUUCAGCUAAGAAGCUAUUUGAGUUGGAACCAGAUAAUGCCGGUAACCACGUCUUACUCUCUAACAUAUACGCAGCAAGCAGAAAGUGGGAGGAAAUCGCCAAAUCGAGGAAGCUUCUCAGGGACUGCGAGGUGAAGAAAGUGAGAGGAAAGAGUUGGAUUGAAAUUAAAGACAGGGUCCACAUUUUCAGUGUUGGAGAGAGCGGUCAUCCGAGAAUACGUGAGGUCUGUGUGAUGCUAGACAAUCUAGUAAUCGAAUUGAGGAGAUUUGGAUAUAAACCAAGCAUGGGGCGUGUCCGUACCAAGACCGUGAAGAAAUCUUCUCGGCAGGUGAUCGAGAAGUACUACUCUCGCAUGACUCUGGAUUUUCACACCAACAAGAAGAUCCUUGAAGAAGUGGCCAUCAUCCCUUCAAAGCGACUCCGCAACAAGAUUGCUGGAUUCUCCACCCACUUGAUGAAGCGUAUCCAGAAGGGACCAGUCCGUGGAAUCUCACUCAAGCUUCAAGAAGAAGAGCGUGAACGCCGCAUGGACUUUGUCCCCGAUGAGUCUGCUAUCAAGACCGAGGAUAUCAAGGUCGACAAAGAGACUCUAGACAUGCUUGCUUCCCUUGGAAUGUCUGAGAUCUCCGGCAUCUCUCUAGCCGAGCCACAGACUGCUCCCGUUUAUGCCAGGCCACCCAGAAGUUUUGAUGAUCGUUUGCCCAUGGUAGAAAGCCAAAGAAUGGAUAACGGAGGAAGCGUGUUGUCACUCUCUGCUCCACACUUCCCUUACUCAGUCACCAUUCUUCGCCGUCACUCUGCGGCGGCUUCCAUCUCUUUCUCCCUUAAACCCCAACCACCACAACCUCCGCCCGAACCUCCUGAGAGCCCUGACCUCCGUCGACCGGAGAAAUCUCUCGGUCCUUCUUCCUCUCCUUCAUCCUCUUCCCCUUCGCCUAAAACGCCUCUUACGAAUCCACUCAAGGGUCUGACAAACCGGUCCUCUGUGUCUCCUCUUGUUCGAUCAGAAGUCGCGAGCAAAGUUUCUUCCUUUGGCUCUUCUCUCGCAUCCAAACUACGUUUGUCCAGCAAGCUAUCUCCGCCUCCGCCUCCGCCUCCUGUGGAGGAAACCCAAUUCCGAGAUGAAUCGAGGGUUGACACCAAACCUCCGGAAGAAGAGACUCGGAAGCCGCAACCGGAAUUCCGACAGGAGGGGAAGAUAUUCGUCGGUAAUUUGCCGACGUGGAUAAAGAAACCCGAGUUUGAAGAGUUUUUCCGACAGUUCGGGCCGAUAGAGAAUGUGAUUCUAAUUAAAGGGCAUCACGAGGUGGAGAAGAACGCGGGAUUUGGGUUCGUCAUAUACGCGGCCGAGAAGUCUGCAAUGAAGGCUGUCGAAUUCGACGGCGUGGAGUUUCACGGGAGGGUAUUGACGGUGAAGCUAGACGACGGAAAGAGGAUGAAAACGAAGGCUGAGCAGAGGGUGAGAUGGGUCCAGGAAGGAGAAGAAGACGCGAAGAUGUCGAAUAAGUCAUCGUGGCAUCAAGAGAGAGAAUGGUCUCGAAAGUCUCUCCAGAGGAUUCUUGAUACCAAUGGAGAUAACUGGCAAGCUGUUAUUUCAGCUUUCGAGAAGAUCAACAAGCCUUCUAGGACAGAGUUUGGUUUAAUGGUGAAGUACUAUGGAAGAAGAGGGGAUAUGCAUCGUGCACGUGAAACUUUUGAGCGGAUGCGCGCGAGGGGUAUCGUACCAACAUCACGUAUAUACACAAGCCUUAUUCACGCUUAUGCAGUUGGUAGAGACAUGGAGGAAGCACUUUCUUGUGUUCGUAAAAUGAAGGAGGAAGGAAUUGAGAUGAGUUUGGUGACUUAUAGCGUAAUCGUUGGAGGAUUCUCCAAAGCGGGAAAUGCCGAAGCUGCAGAUCACUGGUUUGAUGAGGCCAAAAGGAUACACAAAGCCCUUAAUGCCAGUAUAUAUGGAAAAAUCAUAUAUGCGCACUGUCAGACGUGCAACAUGGAGCGGGCAGAGGAAUUGGUAAGGGAAAUGGAAGAAGAAGGUAUUGACGCUCCUAUUGCAAUCUACCACACCAUGAUGGAUGGUUAUACAAUGGUCACCGAUGAGAAGAAAGGCUUAAUCGUUUUCAAAAGACUUAAGGAAUGUGGAUUUACUCCAACAGUUGUCACUUAUGGGUGCCUCAUCAAUCUUUAUACUAAGGUUGGAAAGAUUUCAAAAGCUUUGGAAGUUAGCAGGAUAAUGAAGGAAGAAGGCAUAAAGCAUAACUUAAAGACCUAUUCGAUGAUGAUCAAUGGAUUUGUCAAACUAAAAGAUUGGGCCAAUGCGUUUGCUGUGUUUGAAGAUAUGGUAAAUGAUGGCUUGAAACCGGAUGUUAUACUAUAUAACAACAUCAUAGCAGCAUUCUGCGGGAUGGGGAACAUGGAACGAGCGAUCAAGACUGUGAAGGAAAUGCAGAAACUGAGGCAUAGACCAACCACAAGGACGUUUAUGCCUAUCAUACACGGGUAUGCUAAGUCCGGGGAUAUGAGGAAAUCUCUAGAGGUUUUCGAUAUGAUGAGACGAUGCGGGUGUGUUCCAACCGUUCACACUUUCAAUGCGUUGAUUAAUGGUUUAGUUGAGAAACGUCAGAUGGAAAAGGCGGUGGAGAUAUUAGACGAGAUGACAUUAGCGGGUGUUAGUGCAAACGAACACACGUACACAAAGAUCAUGCAAGGCUACGCAUCAGUCGGUGAUACUGGGAAAGCCUUUGAGUAUUUUACAAGGCUUCAAAACGAAGGCUUGGAGGUUGACAUAUUCACUUACGAGGCGUUACUCAAAGCUUGCUGCAAAUCAGGAAGGAUGCAGAGCGCAUUAGCUGUCACGAAAGAGAUGAGCGCACGGAACAUCCCGCGCAAUUCCUUCGUCUACAACAUAUUGAUCGACGGAUGGGCACGAAGAGGGGAUGUAUGGGAAGCAGCGGAUCUGAUGCAGCAGAUGAAAAAGGAAGGUGUUAAACCCGACAUUCAUACUUACACAUCCUUCAUUAGCGCUUGUUCUAAGGCCGGCGACAUGAAUAGAGCUACACAAACAAUCCAAGAAAUGGAAGCAUUAGGAGUGAGACCGAACAUCAAGACGUACACGACCUUAAUAAAAGGAUGGUCCCGAGCUUCUCUUCCAGAGAAAGCCUUGAGUUGCUACGAGGAAAUGAAGGCAAUGGGUUUGAAACCUGACAAAGCUGUGUAUCAUUGCCUUAUGACUUCGCUUCUGUCGCGUGCUUCAAUGGCAGAAGCUUACAUUUACUCGGGAGUAAUGUCUAUCUGCAAGGAAAUGGUGGAAGCAGGCUUGGUCGUUGAUAUGGGAACUGCGGUUCACUGGUCUAAAUGUCUCUGUAAAAUCGAAGCUUCUGGUGGUGAGCUCACUGAGACCAAAUCUUUUUGA